AUGGUAGCUACAGCUCUGAGUGAUAAAUUAAUGUCAAGGCUUGAGUAAUUUUGCAUUUCAAAUGUUUAAAAGAAAGAAUAAGAAAAGAGAAAGAAUGAUGAGAGCAGUGAUGAUGAGUAAGCAACAUUCUUAUUUCAUUCAUUAAUUAGUUUAUACGGAGAUUUAAUAAAAGUAAAACAGGAUUUUAGUGCUCUCUAAACAAAAGCAAAAGAAACCAUAGACUAAGCCGAGAAAUUAGAUAAAAAGUAAUGGAUAGGUGCAAAGGAGCAAGAAACUUAGUAAUUGGAAUUAGAUGAUAUUUUCAAGGAUGAUCCAGUUGAAAAGGAUAAAUUCAAAAGUAUGAUUCCUGGAGCAUUAGAGAAAGAUGUGAUGGUUUAUGAUUAUUUCGAGCAGAAUUCUAAGCAGCAGAAGAUCGUUAAAAAGGAGAUGCAUGAUCCAUCUUCAAAAGGAUUUGAUAUAAGAUAAUUCAGACUAAAGCAAGCUGCUAUGAGGUAGGAGCAGGAAUCUAAGAAUAAAAAUGUCAAGGGUCUCGGAUAAUUCGACAAAAGCAAAGGUGAUGAUGGCUUUGGCAUAUCUAUGAUGAACAUGGAGCUAAGUAAAGCUGACAAAAUGGUGAUAGAUUCUAAUAAGGUGAUAGAGUAAUUCAAUGAUGAAGAUGCAAUCAAGUAAGACGAAGAGUUUAUGUAGGAUUAAAAGAGAAAGAGUUUUGCUUUUGGUGGAUAGAAUGUCCGUGAUCGUAUUUAAAAACGAAAACAGCAAAGAUUUAAUAAUCAAGUCACUAAAAUUGAGAAGCUAAUAUCAAAAAGGAAGCUGAGAGAAGAUGGCUAAGAAGUGUCUGAUAGUGACAAAGAUGAUGAUAAUAAUGCGAGUGAUGAUGAAGACACAAAUAAUAAAAAUAGUAAAAGAUAGAAACAAAAAUGA